AUGUCGGGUGUCCAGGUCUUUUAUCUCUGCUCAGAGUGGGCUGGGUUCCAUUUCUUGGUAACAAUGGAGGAGAAUCUGAUGGAGAAGAUGAGAAACUUCAAUCAAGCAGAGGGUGUGGGAAAAAAGGGUAGUGGGACCAGUGAGUCUUCUAUUAGAGGUGAGUCUCCUCCUGACAACCAUGUUUUGGAUUUGGAGAGAGAUAGUGGGGAGGAUAGUAUUGAGAGAGGUAAGGUAGGGAGUGGUUCAACCCCUACUAAACCAUCUCAAGCCCUCACUAAAGAACCCUCUCAUGUUGAUAGUGGGAAUCAACUUGUAGAAGUUGCAACCCAGGAUAUGACGAUAGAAUCGAAAGAUGUCCUCAAAAGGAAAAAAUAUGUUAUUAGGAAAACUAAGCCAAUGAUACCAACUAUCCAUGAGGAUAUGGUGGUUGAGUACCAGAUGUUGAUGUUUGUGAUCUGA